AUGGAGCAGGCAUUGGGCCUCACUGCCAAAAAUGCAGAGGAUAUAGGCGUGUGGCUCGCUUGUGAUUCUCGGAAACCUGGAUUCCAAAUUCUCAGUGACGCUGAAAUCGUUCAGAGUGUGAGAGGAGAAACUCAUGGCCAGCAGGACGACGUGGCCGCUGAACCAGAUGCGCCAUCGUCGGAUGGUGAGGCGUUGCGAGUCUUGACGCUGCACUGUUACGGCACACGAGCGGAGGUGAGCGUCGUGUUCCACUGCGCCGCCAGCGUGAGCUUCCGCCAGCCGCUGGCCGCCGCCCUGCUGCUCAACGUGCGCGGCACCCGGGAGGUCGCGCUGCUCGCCACGCGCAUGCGCCGCCUGCAGGCAUUUGUGCAUGUCUCAACAGCAUACAGUAACUGUGACCAUAAAGGACCACAAGAAAUUGUGUAUCCUGCCCGUGGCAACUACAUGAAACUAAUAGAACUUGCAGAGAAUAUGGAUCCUGAAAAUCUUGAGAAACUGACUCCAGAGUUGCUGGGAAAUCUACCCAACACAUAUGUAUACACAAAAUCGCUUGCUGAAAAUGUGAUAAAUGACUUUAGAGACUUGUUACCAGUGGCAAUACUUAGACCGUCAAUAGUUUGUCCUGCCUUGAAAGACCCCUUCCCAGGAUGGGUGGAUACCCAUAAUGGACCUAUGGGAUUAUUAAUUGGAGCUUCCUCGGGAAUCCUGCGGUCAUUGCGAGGUGACGGUAACAUGCAUACUGAUCUUCUGCCAGUGGACUUUGUUGCCAAUUCUCUGAUAGCAGCUGCAUGGGACACAGCUGUCAACAAGUGGUGUAAAAUGCCAGUAUACAACUGUACAACAAGUUCAGAUAUGCCAGUGACAUGGAAUGAACUUGUAAAGAUUGGACAAGAUCUAUACACACAGUUUCCCUCCCCAAAGAUGCUGUGGUACCCCAGUGGAGCCAUUCAUCGAAACUGUAUUGUGUACAUCAUAUGUCUUGUCUUGUUCCAGUUUCUACCAGCAAUCAUUGUUGAUGCGGCAUUUGUACUUUCUGGGAAGAAACCAUGGUUAUUUAAACUACAAAAGAAAAUAUAUGAAGCUGGAGAGAAUGUGAAGUAUUUCAUUCUUAAUGAGUGGUCAUUUCCAAACCAGAAUCUUAAAGACCUUCAGCACAGGCUAAAUAAACAUGACCAGCAACAAUUUAGUUUUGAUGCAACAAGGAUUGACAUAUCUGAUUACAUAAAACUGUGGGUACUUGGUUAUAGGAGGUUCAUACUAAACCUGGAUGAUGCCAGUAUCACAAAAGCAAAAUUGAAAUUGAGAAGGUAAGCAAAUUUCAAUUCUUACAUAAUAAUCUUGAGUAAACUACAGCAACCACAUGAUAUUUAAAGAACAGAAAAACAUGACAUGAAAGUAACUGUUGUAAUAUUUAAAUAAUACAUUCACACAUACAAAAAUAUGUAAAUAGGCUUCAAAAUUAAUUCUAUGCAUUCUGUCCGUUUCUUACAUAUCACAUUCAUCUUACUUACGCGUACAUCUUACGUACAACAGAAUCUACCUUUAAAUGUACAGACUAUUACAUCAUCUCCAUGCUCCACCCAUUGAUUAUGCUCCUGGCCAUGCAGAUAAUUUAUAAAAGACCAGUAUAUCAGUAAAGGAAAUAAAUUUCCUGGGUGAGCUUGUGAUUAUAGUGGAAAUUUUGUGAAUAAAGCUGUCUAGAUUGCUUAAUAUAUUUCUUUAUUUAUAACAUUAUUUCAGAUACUGUAAUCAUCAGAUUAAAACUCAGAACCUGUAAAACAUUGAUCAGUAUCAGUUUCAAUGGACAUAAGAAAUUUGGCGUGAAUAGUGCCCUCCGCCACACACCGCCUGGUGGCUAACGGAGUAUAUAUGUAGAUGUAGAUACAAACAAACAAUGGAAAAUCCAGGAUGGAAUAUUGUCAUAUACUGUCAACAGACAUAUGCAUAGAUCUGAUUGAAACUGGCACUGAACAGCAUUUUACAAGUUCAAAUUUUGAUUUAAUGAUGCCAGCAGGUAAAAGAAUACUACAAAUAAAGAAAUAUUUUAAAUGAACAGUGGAAAACCCAGGAAGGAAUAAUGACAGUAUUUUGAAAAGGAUAGAUUUCUACUCACCACAUAGUGGAAAUGUUGAGUAGCAGACAGGAACAACAAAGAACGUGUUAAACAACUAAGCUUUCAACCAAAAAGCCUUCUUCUCAAUUAGCUAACACACACACACACACACAAUGCAACUCUCGCACACAUGACCACUGUGUCUGGCUACGGAGGCCAGUGAGACACUGUGUGUGUGUGUGUGUGUGUGUGUGUGUGUGUGUGUGUGUGUGUAGUGUUGGCUAAUUCAGAAGAAGGCUUUUUGCCAACCAAACAUGCAUCCUACCUGCCAAACAGCUGGAGGUACUGAUUAAGUAUCAGUUUAAAGGCAGCCAGAACAAGUACAAAAAAACACAUAACACCACUUAGAAAUGUUCAGUAUGUAACCAUAUGAACAAAUUAAUUUCUGAUGUGAAUGUAAAAUGUCUGAUUCCACACCAAUAUGAUCUGUUGUGCAAAAUGGUCCCCAGAACAUGUAACUACCCAACUAAGUAACUGUAAUGGACACUGGCUAGUACUAACACACCCACUAUCAUGAAAUCUCAAAACUGUUUCAUUAUUAACUGCACAAAUGAUAUGAGCUGCCCCCCCCCCCUUUCUGCCAUACCUGUACAGCAAAUGCUGUGUAUUCUCUUGCCACUGCUUUAACUAGUGCCAACAUUGCUCUGUGCUACUCACGCAAGAUUUGGAUAUUGCUACACUGAAAAAUGUUACAUUGCAUUUUAAUAUGACACACCCUUUGUGUGCUAUUUUGCACCCAUAGUCAGACAGGGAACAUGUUGUGUCUACUUUGUACUGUAUCAGUUUUUCCCCUACUAACAGUCACAUCAGGAAUUUCAUUGCAGGCUUCAUACCCUGCAAAAGCUAAAGUGCAACAUUUGCAUCAUACAUCCUGAGCAUGUAACUUCACUGACUUAAUACAUUCCCCUUCAGUAAGUUAGUAUCAGUUAUAAGUUAUUUUAAAUAUUUUGUAACUUUUGUCUUACACGUAUACCACAAGUCUAAUCAGAAACUUUACUUUUCCCCAGGCUGUAUAUAAUUCACUUAGUGGCAAAAAUUGCACUUUGUUUAAUCCUUUCAUGGAUUGCAGUGCAUUUAUGCUUUAAAUUGAGAUGAUUUAAUAUGGCAGGACACCAGCACAUUUGUACAUAAAAAGGUAAUUUUAUAUACAAUUCUGUAGUAUGUAACAAUUACAGUGUUACAAAAUAUAAUAACAUUUACAGCAUUAACUCCUUCAUUCUAGGUAUUCAUCACAAUCACUGCACAUGCCAAAGCAAAUAUUGCCUUCUAGUCUCUACUAUUCUCCACACUGAUUUAUUAUUAAAUAUGUACACAAAUAUAUGGCAAAUUAGCUUUCGUGGAAGUCUGAAGAUUCAUCACUUCUUUUUACAAAUAUGGGUAAAUUUCAAAAUAAAUCAAAAUUUAUUUGGAAUAUUGCUUGGAAAACAGGCAUGUGAUAUUGAUUCUCAGAUCUAAAAUCAGAAAACAUAUGUACAGGAUUAUUUGUAUUUCUCACAAUGAUAAAAUAUUACACGUACAAAUUCUUAUACAAAAUGUUUAUAUCAAAAUAUAUAAUAUACAGCACUCUUAUUUGCCUCUUUUAUAAAAGAAUAUGCAAUCAAUAAAAUAAAUGUUACUAUUCAAAUAUUGUAAACAUUCAUUAUUAAAAUUGUGCACUGUAUAGUAAACAUUUUCCUAUAAUGAUAUAAGAGACCUCAGUCAAUAUAACAUUAUUAAAAUACUCCAGCCAUACAAUGCAUAUAAAGUACUCAAGGGUAAAAAAAAAAAAAAGGUCACUUCUCACAAAUACUGCAGCCAAACAACAC